AUGUACCGGUCUCUCUACGCCUUCCGAUCUGCGGAGCCCAACUCGAUGCACUUCGCGGCCGGAGAAAGCUUCUUAAUCCUGGAGAGGAGCAACAAACACUGGUGGCUGGGCUCCCGUUGCAGCUCAGGAGAAACCGGCUACAUCCCCGCUUCCUACAUCGAAAAGAUCCAGGUCACGGAGCAGGAUGAGGUUUUACAGUCCAUCGACAGAGCCAUCGAAGGCAUCCACAACGUGGCCUUGAAAAACGGAGGCAAAUACAACCUGGAGCAGCGAGACGUUCUGCAGAAGCUGAUCCAUCACAGAAAGGAAACGCUGACACGGCGAAGUUCCUCCUCCUCCUCCUCCUUGUCCAAUCACAAACAAGGAAUCCCGUCUUCCAACAGUGAAAUUUCUCUCAGUCACACUCCUCCUCCUCCACCCAAUGGCCUUAAUCGAGAAUACGGGCGACAGGGAAGUAUGCCAUCUUCAGGAAGUAUGGAUAAUAUGCAAGGAGAGCAACCGGGAUUUUACCAGGUGCCUCCUCAGCCUCGACGUGCAGCUCCCAUCACCCCCCCUCCCCCUGAGAAACAGAGGAAAGGCCAGCAGGCAGAGCCAGAGGUCCCCUCCAGGACGUCCUCCCUUCCUCCGUCCCCAGCACCCUCCCUGUCAAUCAGCUCCACGUCUUUGGAGUCGGGGUCCUCCCGCUCCGUGCUCUCCUCAGAUGUCAGUUUGCCAAGUGUGUCCAGCACCCCCCCUCCUCCCGUGCCGUCCCGCGUCAAAUGCUCCGUGCCCCCUCAAGACACUUUACCCUCCGAGUCUCCUCCUCCUCCAACUGCCUUCGCCAAGAAGAGCCCGGCCCCACAGCCCCCCCAGCUCACACCCACACCCACCCCCAAAUCCACUGAGGACAGUCAGUCGGAGAGCGAGUGGCCUGCCGCUCCUCUGAUGGUGGCCGAGAGCCCCCCCGGCAGCCUCACCUCCUCUGAGCCCGUUCCCACGACCAUUGGGGCUGAACUGAUUGAACUGGUACGAAAGAACACGGGCCUGAGUUACGAACUGUCCCGGGUGGCCGUGGGCGUGGUGGUGGGUCACCUGCAGACCGCUCUGCCUCAGGCAUCGUCCGCCUUGGAGCAGGUUCUCCUCUCACUGGUGGAGAGCAAGGACUCGGGCUCAGCGCUGCCGCGGGGCCAGGUGUGUCACGAUGAGCAACGCUUGGAGGUAAUCUUCAGCGACCUCGCCCGACACCGAGACGAUUCUCAGCAGCGGAGCUGGGCGCUCCACGAAGACCACGCCGUCAUCGCCUGCUACCUGGAGGAGCUGCUGAAGAUCCUGACUGAUGCAGAUCCAGAGGUGUGUAAGAAGAUGUGCAAAACCAACCACCAUGAAAGCGUCCUCUCUCUGGUUUCAUAUUAUCAAAUGGAGCAUCGUGUGUCGCUGCGGCUGCUGCUCCUCAAAGUGUUCGGAGCGAUGUGCAGUCUGGACGCUGCCCUCAUCUCCACUCUGCUCAACUCCAUUCUCCCCAUGGAGUUGGCCCGAGACCUGCAGACCGACAUUCAAGAGCACCAGAAGAUGUGUUACACUGCACUGGUGCUCACCAUGAUCUUCUCCAUGGGUGAACAGGUGCCAUACCGUCACUACGAACACUUGAAUGCUGACUUUGUUCAGUUUCUGCUGGACGUGGUGGAGGACGGUCAUCCCUCUGACCCCACAGAGCAGCUGCCUGACAUCUUCCUGAACCUUCUGCUGUCCUUCAACCUGCACCACACCACUCCGAGCAACAACGUCAUCAUGGAAGAGCUGAAGAAGAAGAACGUGAAAGUCCUGUCAGAGAAAGUUCUCCUGCUUCUGAACAGAGGGGACGACCCUGUGUGUAUGUUUAACCACACCCCUCCUGCCCCGCACUCAGUCCUCAAGUUCCUGCAGGAUCUUUUUGCCAGCAGAGAGACGGCCGACAUCUUCUACCGCACUGACAUGAUGGUGAUGAUUGACAUCGCUGUCCGCCAAAUAUCUGACCUUUCACCCGGGGACAAGCUGCGAAUGGAGUACCUUUCCCUCAUGCACUCCAUCAUGCGCUCGACAGACUACCUGGAGCACCAGCACCGCCUGUCGGACCUGAGGUCCACGCUGCAGAGGAUCCUCAGGGAGGAGGAGGAUCCAGGGGAAGACGAAGGCAGCGCUACAGCCAAACAGAUGGAUAAGCUAAUUGUACAGCAGAUUUAUAAGGAGUUCCCACAGAUCAGUGAGAACCAGCACUAACCUGCUCCCAUUACUGCAGGAAGGUAAGAGUGAAGCCUGAGAGAAGACGUGGUGUUUGCUGCGCCACCUGCUGCUCCGUGCCAGCUACAGGAACAGUGUGUUUUUGCCAGUGUUGUCUUUUUAAAUAAGUCCAGCAUUUUGUGUCUUCUUUACUUUCGAAAUAUCUGGUUGUCUCUCAACAUCUUCUCUUCCGUAAAUAAAUCAUUAGAAUAGAAUGGGUUCUUGGUGGUGACGCUCAGUCAGGGAGAAUAAAUAUAGCCAAAAAAAGGAGGACAGGACAAGAUGCUUCUGUCACAGUAAAUAAUUAGAAAUAAUAAUAAUAAUAAUAAUUAGCUUUAUUUUACUACAGUGACACAUCCUGACUACAUCUUUUUCCAGGUUCAGCCAUUUUGAUUUAAAGGCAAAACGAAUGUCAGAAAAUGUUUGACAAAGUGUUGAAAUGACAGUGUUAUUACACAAAGUGUUGACUCUUUCUGUUCUUCCCUAACAGUGGGACCAAACUACUGUGUGUUUCUCCAAGAAUCAUUUUCCUAAUAGAGUACAGUGCUUUACAAACCCACCCCCCUCUGUCUGCACCUCCUCUUGAUGUGAUAACACUUAUUCAACCUAUGGUAAACCCUGUUACUAACUAGCUGCUGCAUAUCAAGUCUCCUCUGUGGCUCUGUCUUUAUUACUAUCCAAUAGUUAGUGCUGCCUGCUCUAAACUCGCGCAUGCGUAGCUCCUCGAGCGUCGAAAGCCAUCGACUGUUUACAGAUCAGUGUCUCAAGGAUUUGGUCCUGCGUUGCUGCAUUCACUGUCAGUCUAGCUGCGCUGCGAAACGACUGCAGCUGUAAAAUACCUGGUAUUGGCUGACGUGAAGAAAACGUGUUUUGCAUCUAUUAUCUCACGUAAUAAACUGACAGCAUAGCUUUCUUGUGGUUGUGGAUGUUUAUUGUCCUGCUGAUCACUGAGAUGAGGGAGAGAAAAAACUGGGCAUUUCCUUCAUCUCCUCAUGGUCUUAUAUCUAUAUAUUUGACUUAACUCUCCUGCUUCUUCCCUAUAAUCUAGUGGUUGAUGUUGUUUUCCAGUCUAACAUCUUAGCUGAACUGUGCGCACCUCAGUGGAAUACAACGGCGACAUCUAUAGUUUACUUAAUGUUCAAAUAAUCAUUCAUUUACGUGCGUCUGUUUAAUGUGUCUGUGUUACUGAGAGAAAGAAAGAGAGAACGUUUCACUUCUGUGAUCAACAACGUCUGCCACAUCGCUAUGACUGUGUUGUACUAAAUGUAAUAAAGUUAUAUUUUAACAGUG